AUCAUUUUGUUCUUUAAAGCCAGAAAUGACAUGCUAAUGGUCCACGCAAUUGGAUGGAACCGACGGAAGCAGGAAGGCCUUCAUCUUGCACUAUCCAGCAGAUACAUCAAGACUUUCAAAAAGGCUGAGGCUGAGUCUCAGAGACUGGAGAAUUUGAGCAGUGAGCUGGGGUGUCCUGAGAACAUUGUGCAUCAGUGGGUAGAUGAUGUCAGACAAUGGGCUACUGACGAUUCUGUAGGUACCAGAUGUGAUGACCAAUAUGAACGUCAGAAAUCUAUUGAACAAAUGUUUCUUGGUGUUCAUCAAAAAAAAGCCAGCCUUUAUAAUCAGACUGACAGCAACAAAGUUCGACACUUGCGUCGAAGAAAAUUGUGGGAAGAGAAGAGAAAACUCUUGGAAACAAUCAAGCUCUACAAUGAGCAGGUGGCAGAUGAGGAGCGCAUCGUUGAAGAGAAGGUGGAGAGCGGGCUCUCUGUGGGGAGGAGACAGUCUAAUAUGGCCUUGGGAAGUGCACAGCAGUGAAUCCAGCAACAUUCUCACCAAAAAGAAGAUUUUUGAUGUGCACAUGUCAAAAGUGCGCCUUCAAGAGGAAAAGAUCAUUGUGAUGAGGGAGAUGAGACAGCACUGCACCUAUCUCAGAAAGCUGUCUGGAAACAUUAGGACAAGGAUAUCAGAUAUGUCUUUUGUCAGAAACAGUGGCAGUUUAAGUGAAGAGGGUCAUGGCGGGCUACUGUGUCUUCUUCAGAAAAGGCUUGCAGAUGUGAAGGAGAAGUUCCAAGUCAUAUGCUCAAGUUACAGCCUGGCUUUAGGACCGAAUGCUGCUUCUCUGCUGGAGAAUGGGCCCGAGGAGAUGCUGGAGGACCAUGAAGAAGUUGAUUAUGAGAGUUCAGAUGACAGUGAUUUUGAAGCAGUGUAAAUGAGUGCUUAACUGGUGGGAUGCGUUUUCGACUGCAUGUCAAUUAUGACUAGACUGCAGGUGUGUUUCAAGGAAAACAAAAAACUUUUUGAAGUGAAAUGGUGUCUGAUACAGUGCUAAUAUUUUGCACUAUUGUUUCCAGCAACAUAUUCACAACAAUAUGUUGUGUAAGCAACAUUAGCUUCAUAGAUGUUUAGACAUUUUUUUUAUAUGAUUCUCCAAAACUCAGUUUACAAACAGCAGGUCGUUUUUAAAGUUUCACCUCCAAUGUUUCACAGUCUAUUUCUGCAGUUAACUGUGGUGCUAGAGCUUGCGAAUGACAGCAGCCUCUUGCAGUGGUGACUUCCCCAAGCUUUGCCCAUCUCAUCUUCUCAACAUAAUUAACUUUUCUGUACAAAAAUGUUACACUUACAUUGAUAUAAUAGUUUGAUUGUUUUUUACUCUAUACACCUGUAUAAUGUUAUUCACAGUGAUUGUGGAUACUUUUGGAAUGAACCAUUUACUGUACAUGGCACUAGAUUAAAUACUUUACAGAAAUGAUUGAUCAAUACCCAUAGUUGAGUCUUAAGUGUAGUAUUUCCUGUUGUUAUUGCUGCUGUUACCUUGCCAACAAAGUGAAUUUACCAUGGCAUUACUUCAGGUAACUAUAAAACUAUGUUGUACA